UCGAAGCCUGGAGAAGAACUCAAUAAAAGACCAUUAUUAGAUUGUGAGCAUGUCAAUCCUUCAAAUUCCAAUAUUCUUGUACUCAAUUGGUCCAUUUUCAUCAUGUAGUUGUAGAAGAAGUAUUAGAGCCACAGCCAAUGCACCCAAAACCCAGAUGAGUCCUCUUUUUAUACCAACAAUCUUUAGUAGAGGCUUGGCUGAGGAGCUGGAGAAGGAUCACAACUCUGUGAUCAAUCUCAAUACUUGUAAAAGGCAGAGCGCAAAUCCUCCGGAAGCAUUGGUGGUUGCUAAGUUUUAUACAAUCAUGGAGGCUGUUGCUGAUAGAGUGGAGAUGCAUUUGAAUAUCGGAGCACAACGUGACAACUGGAACCACCUGUUGCUAACAUCUAUUAAUUCAAUAACUCUGUCUGCUGCUAUUAUGGCUGGACUAGCAGCAAUUGGAGGUACUAGUACACCUCUUGUGGCACUAAAGGUAUCUUCUACCUUGCUAUAUUUAGCAGCCACAGUCAUUUUGGUGGUGAUGAACAAGAUACAGCCUUCACAACUAGGUGAAGAACAGCGCAAUGCUGCUAGAUUAUUUAAGCAGCUUUAUAGAGAGAUGCAAACAACUAUGUCUCUCUACAAGUUGACUAAUAUAGAUGUGAUCAAUGAAGCAAUGGAGAAAGUUUUGGCAUUAGAUAAGGCAUAUCCACUUCCUUUACUAGGUGCGAUGAUUGAGAAAUUUCCAAAAACUGUGGAACCUACAGUGUGGUGGCCUCCAAAAAGACAAAUAAGAUUAGAGAGACUUGGUGAAGAAAUAGAUGGGAAUGGCUGGGAUGGAAAGUUGGAAGAGGAAAUGAGAGAGAUUGUUGGGGUUUUGAAGAGGAAGGAUGUGGCUGAGUACUUGAGGUUGAGUCAAAAAGCCUUGAAAGUUAACAAGAUCUUAGCAAUUUCUGGCCCUUUAUUGACUGGCAUUGCGGCUUUAGGGUCUUGUUUUUUGGGCACUACUCAUGGGGCAUGGGCUGUGAUGCUUGCAGUCAUUGCUGGAGCUUUGGCAAGCGUGGUAAACACAUUGGAGCAUGGAGGGCAAGUUGGGAUGGUGUUUGAGAUGUAUAGGAGCAAUGCUGGUUUCUUUAGGCUCAUGCAAGAGAUUAUAGAAUCAAAUAUAAGUUUGAGAGAAGUUGAGAGAAGAGAGAACGGGGAACUAUUUAAGAUAAAGGUGGCACUACAGCUUGGCAGGAGUCUUUCAGAACUCAAGCAUCUUGCUGCAUUAUCUUCUUCAAAAAAAGGGGAGGAGGCCAUUGAAGAGUUUGCAAGCAAGCUAUUCUGAUGAUAUAGUAGUUCAUUAAUUUAUUUGAAAUUUUUU